UUUGGCUCCGUGUUUACAUUGUGACCUAGGACGGUGUUGUUCUGCAAGCAAUGCUACAGCCCGUCACAAAAGUUUUACGUAGUUCAACAGUCAGAACUGGAGGCGAGGGCUGGAGCCUGGCGGAGGGAAGGGGCCUAGCCACGCGGCUGGCUUGCCAACGCCGCCCGAAUUUGGCCUGGGUUCGCAGGAAGGCGCCGUGGCGGCUCCGUUCCCAUCAUGGGGGUGACCGUGGAGGCCCACAGAGUUUAUAAAUAUCCUUUCGAGCAGGUGGUGGCCAGUUAUCUCCGCAAGUAUCCCAGUCCCAUGGAGAAAAAUGUUAUUGCUGUAAAAACAGUAGAAGAGAAAACAGACUUGUAUACAGGAGUCAUCUACCGGAAAAGGAUUGCGACAUGCCAAAAUGUAAUUCCACAGAUUUUAAGAAAGAUUAGUAUCCUGAAAGUGUCAGAAGUCUACUUAGAAGAGGAGUCAUGGCUUAAUAUGCAAGAAAGAAUUAUGUCUAUGAAAACUCAUUGUCUUACAUGGACAGAGUAUGCCAGCCUGAACGAAGAAUCAGUCUUCAGAGAAAGCUCUGAAAAUCCAAAUUGGACAGAGUUUGUUCAGAAGGGAAAUAUAACAGUAAAAGGCACUGGACUGCUGAAUUGCUUUCUGGAAAUUUUUGCACAAUCCUUUUUAAAUCAAGGGGUCAAAAAGAGUAUUUCAAUCAUGGAGAGACUUCUGCAAGACCAAUUUGGAGGGCCUGUUUUAUAAUGAGAAAUGAGGAAGAGUCUCCAUGUGUCUUAAGUUGAUCCACAGCAAUAUAUCCUUAUUUCCAGCCCUACAUUUUACUGAAGUUAACUCUGUGGGUUGCUUUAAUGAAGAAGAAAAGAUUGUUCAAAAGAAGACAAGGGUCUACAGUCUUCCCUAAGUAACAUAAGUGGAAUGACAUAUUUGAACACUGUGUGCUCCAAAAUGAUCAGGGAGAACGAAAUAUUAUUUUGAAAAAUGCAUCAAUGUGUACUUGUUCUCUGAUUUCAAAGAUGUAAAUAUUUAUAGGAAACCAUCCGUUUGAAAAAUAACCCCCAGAUCUUUGGUUCUAAGGAAAAACUUACUAGCCAAAAGGAAUAAGUGUUUCCUGUAUUUUAAUACAUAUUAUUUUGUCUGACAGAAUAUAUUACAUGGAAGCUGAGAUAAUUAAGAGAUGCUGUAAUUUAUACUAUAUGAUCACAUAAGGACUGACUAAAGAAUUGACUUUUUAAAAUAUAUUCAUUGUUCUGACAUAUUACAAAAGUUGUAAACAUUUGCAAAUGCUAUUCAUAUAUUUUGGAUUGCCAGUAUAGCCCUGUAAAAUGUGAUCCAUUCCAAAACAUUACAAGGUAUCCAAGUUUUUAAUGCUUGGGAUUUUUAAAAAGUUUCUAUCUUAAUACUGAAUGGGAAACCAUUUUUAUAUUGUAAACUUCAAAAAUCAGUGAUAAUAUUUAAUUAGUUGGCUUAAAGUACUGUUUGAUGAAAUGGAAGAUUAA